GCGAAUGUCAGCCACAAUGAAGAAAGCACACAAUACUCUUAUCAGGAGCUGGGUGCGGUUGUCAGUUCGCCUGCUGUCCCGGACUUUGCUGGUCGUUUCGUUUGGAAUUUUUGUUUCCAAUCUGUGAUCUUUGAUCAGUUCUGCGCUCCGGCCGGUGGCGCCGUGCAUGUCGGAGAGCUCGGACGAGGCAGCGACCGAGGGUACAGCGCUGAUGGAGGCGGCGGCGGUGCCGGGCGCGGCCGGCGACGGCGAGCAGGCGCGCCGCGAGCGCCGCUCGGGCGCCUCGGACGCCGACGCGGCCCAGCAGCAACAGCAGGAGGAGGAGGAGGAGGAGCUCAAGUACGGCGCCUCGCACGUCAUCAAGCUCUAUACACCGGUCACGCUGUGUAUGGUGGUGGUGGUGGCCACCAUCAGCUCCAUCCCCUUCUACCGCGAGAAGCCCACCACCUACCUACUCUACACGCCAUUCCAUGAGGUAUCUGAAGAUGCCGGAAUCAAAGCGUGGAACGCAUUUGCCAACGCUGGAAUACUGAUCUCCGUCAUCGUAUUCAUGACAUUCGUCAUCCUGAUCCUCUACAAAUACCGCUGUUACAAGUUUAUCCACGGCUGGCUCAUCCUCUCAUCAUUCAUGCUGCUCUUCCUGUUCACCUACAUAUAUAUGGAAGAGGUGCUGACCGCAUACAACGUGCCUCUGGACUACAUCUCGAUCGUGCUCUCGCUCUGGAACUUCGGCGUGGUCGGCAUGGUGGCCAUCCACUGGAAGGCGCCGCUGGUCGUGCAGCAGGCCUACCUCAUCUUCAUGUCGGCGCUGAUGGCGCUCAUCUUCAUCAAGUUCAUGCCGGAGUGGACCACGUGGGUGGUGCUCGGUGUUAUCUCCGUCUGGGACCUGAUUGCCGUGCUCUGUCCGCACGGCCCGCUCCGCAAGCUCGUGGAGACAGCGCAGGACCGCAACGAGCAGAUCUUCCCGGCACUCAUCUACUCGUCGACGGUGAUCUACAGCACGGUGCUGAUGGCGUCGGGGGACGAGCCGCCGGCGCGGCCGCCGCGCCGCCGCUCCGCCGCCGAGGACGCCGAGGACGGCGGCUUUAGCCAGAUGAACGAGGCCAGCCGCGAGGAGCGCGCCGCCCGCCGCCGACAGCAGAUCGUGCACCAGCCGCCGGCCGGCGAGCGGCAGCCGCCGCCACAGCCGCAGUUCGCCGAGGAGGAGGAGGAGCGCGGCAUCAAGCUCGGCCUCGGAGAUUUCAUCUUCUACAGCGUGCUCGUCGGCAAGGCCUCCUCCUACGGCGACUGGAACACCACCAUCGCCUGCUUUGUCGCCAUCCUCAUCGGCCUGAGCCUGACGCUGCUGCUGCUGGCCAUCAUCAAGACCGCGCUGCCGGCGCUGCCCAUCUCCAUCACGUUCGGCCUCGUCUUCUACUUCGCCACGCGGGCCGUGAUCGCACCGUUCGCCGACGUUCUGGCACUGCACCAGGUGUUCAUAUAGCACCGGCAGCGUGCGGGCCGGGCCGGCCGGCAGCCGGGCGCUCCGCAGCAGGUGGUCAUCUGGCGCCGGGCGUCACCCGCCGUCCGCCGCUGGCCUGAUCUGUCAGAUCCGCGCAGGGUCUGAUCAUACAGGCCGGCCGGGGGGCGGGGGCGUGUCGCCGCUCCACGGCCGGCCGCCGACGGCUCUGUGGCGUCCGCCGCCGCCGGUGGCUCUGUGGCGUCCGCCGUCGCCGCGGUUCUGUGGCGUCUGCCGCCGCCGGUGGCUCUGUGGCGUCCGCGUGAUGCUGCGUGAUGUCGGUAUCUUCUCUGUCGUGGUGCGGUGCCGCCGCGGCCGGCGGGGGAGGGAAGGGGAGAGUGGCGUCGGGGGAGGUGUCCGGACCGGGCGGCGCGGCUGGACGCGUGGCACGGUGUUAGGGGUGCGGCGAGUCCCGUGGGCUCGCCCCGCGGCGAACCCCAGGCUCCGCACUCCGACGGGUCUCUAUUACAUUCGCAUUUAUGGUCGGCUGAAGUGGUGCCGCAUGUCGCGGCCUGAGUGUUGGCGACCUCGGGAGCCUCCACUCCAUGCCCAUGCAGGCUCGUGUCGGAUGAAGAUGUGUAUUUAUUUAAACACGUGAUGCUAAUCUAGCAGGACGUAGUGAAAUUUCAGUAUACGCUUACUUAAUUCCUUCGCCAUUACUGAUUGAUUUUCUUCAGUAGAUAACGAUGUUUCACUGACUGAUCGUGCCGGCUGAUUUCUGCCUGGGUUAACUGGGCUUAACUGGCUUAAUUGGCUUAGCUUUGAAGCACACCAGUAGCAGGCUACUGGUUUGAUCGUGACUGCUGAUUAUCACCGUUAUACAAUAACAAAAAACUUUCUGACGGUUAUUAUAACAGAAGUGUAUGUGUAAUACAAACAGUAAUGUGG